UGGCGAAUAUCUUGAAAAUGAUUCUGUUUAAAUUACUGGCUCUUAUUACUUUGGUCAAGAUUGUUCACACAGGAGGAUCUCACUCACUGUGGUUCUUCGUCACAGUGACAUCAGGACCGUCACCAUUUCCAGAGAUGGUCAUUGUAGAGAUGGUGGAUGAUUUUCCAGUGGGUUACUAUGACAGUGCGGAAAAAAGGAUGGUCGCAUGGAAAAACUGGGAAAAGGAAGAGACUGAUUUACAGUAUGCGGAGAUUAGGAAAUAUGCAAUCGAUCCUUUCACAGACAGAAUGAAACAAAGGCUGCACCUACUGAGGGAGCAUUAUAAUCACAGUGGAGGUCUCCUUACAGUUCAGAGACUGGCUGGAUGUGAGCUGGAUGCAGAUGGCACAGAGAGAUUCAAGAGAGUAGAUGCUUACAAUGGAGAAGACAUAUUUAAAUUUGACAGUGAAUCUGUGGGCUGGUACAGUCUCAUUCCAGAAAUAGAGGAACACUUCAGCCAAGACACUUCAGAGAACUUUUUUACACAAACAUUUUCUCCUUAUCUGUGCACUUCAUUAUUGAAAAGCCACCUUCAACAGCUGAAUAACUUACUGAACCGAAAAGUGCAUCCCAGAGUGAGAGUGAUCCAUAAACAGGACAGAGACACUGGGGGGAUGGAGGUGACCUGCCUGGCAUCUGGCUUCUACCCCCGACACAUCAACAUGACCCUGAAGAAGAACAGCCAGCCUGUCCCAGACCAGGAGCUGAGCACGGGGGAACCCCUGCCCAACGGGGACGGGACGUACCAGCUGAGGAGGAGCCUAAGUGUCAGUGCUGAGGAGCUGAGAGAGAGACACCUCUACACCUGUACUGUCACACACAGUAGUGUGGACAACAAACUGGAUGUCAGCUGGGAGUUUCACCCGGCACGGAACAAUCUGGUCCCUCUUGGAGUAUCAUUUGGGGUUCUGACUGCGCUUGUACUCACCAUACUUGGCCUCUGCAUCUGGAAGAAAAGAGGUGCUGAUGUGCAGCACACAGCAGUAGGAGAAUGGAAUGAUGAGUCUUCAGGUGCUUCAGAGUUGCUUCAGACAAGUUUAGAAGUAUCUAAAGCCUCCCAGGAACAGCACAAUGUGAGACCGAUGGGAGUCCCAUGACCCCAGGAUCCAGCUGGGUCCGCCCCAUUCAGACCCCACAGACUCCCACCAGCUCCAACCUGGCUUUAGCUCCCAGGGGGCUCAGCUGGGCUGCAGUAAGAGAGCUGUGAGCUUUGCUUUCUGCUGCAAGGCCUUUUUAUGAUCUGUUUAAUUAUUUCAUUUUAUAUUUGUUUGGCAGACGAUUUUAUCCAAAGC